AUGGGUAAACACAGCAAACCCUUCAUCGACAGGAAGAAUGCAACGGUCUAUCGUCUUGUGCAUCCUGAUGAACAGAAAGAAGGCGACAACGCUGGUGUUGGGAAACUGGCGAAGGUCUAUGGAGAUAAGAACUAUUUCUCUGACGACGAUGAAGAGGAAUAUCCCUAUCGAUCAGAUUCUGGAGACGAGGAGGAAGAUUUAGAGCAAGAAGAAUGGGAAGAGGAAGAUGAAGGCGAAGAGGGAGUGAUAGAUGAUCAUGACGACCAGUUCGAUGAUGCAGAGGGUGCAGACCCUCCUGAAAUUCAGCCGGGAAUAUGGAAACGGACGGACGAAGAUGCCAAGUCAGAGUACACCUCAUGGUCAAAAAGAACAGCCUCGUCUUACCUUGCUCCCGAACGUCGUAAACAACUCUGGAAGGACAUCGAGGAGUUUGGCUUGCCCGAUGAUGGUUAUGACUACACGCAGCAUCUCCGCAACCCAGGACAUGGAGUUCGACUGGAUGCUCAAUUUCCAACGGAGCUCAAGAUGCAGCUGGAGAAGAAGACAGCUCGCAUGCUCCAAGAUGCGCCGAAGCCAGCGAGAGAUGUCCUUGCAACCUUGGACUCUCAAGAUACUGACGACGAGGAAGCUCCAGCUCUGGAGGAGGACAAAACAAUGAACUGGGUGGACGAAGGGAAGAAACUGAUAGAGGAAGGAAAAGUCGUUGAGCAAGGAGAUUUAGAUGAUGACUUCAUCCACAUGUUAAAUGACGGCGAGGACGGCGAAGGUGAUGAUGAGCCUGAUCCUCUUCUGUCUCAGCCACGAGACCUCCGUCUCCUUGACGAGAGGUUCGAAGUGUUCUUGCAGCAAUAUGACGACGACAACAUUGGAGAGCUGACCGAAGAAGUUUGUCAGCCUCCAAAUGCGGCAGUACAAGACGAGGAGUACUACUACAACCUUCUGCAAUCCUACAUCCAUGGAACAGCAGCUCCUACGGGGAACAUAUCUUCAAACCUGAACAUUGGAUCCGAAGGACAGAUCCUUCAGGAAGGCUUCGAAGAAAUGGAAGAAGAGGACGAGGAACUGAGGGAGAAAACUCGUGCUUUGGCUCUGGAAGCAGGGGAGGAAAGUGAGGAGAGUCUGGAGGAAGUGGAGGUAGAGAAGAAGCAGGAAUGGGACUGCGAAUCCAUACUCUCAACCUACUCGAACAUCUACAACCGUCCAAAGGUGAUCGAAGAUUCCAAGAGAGCUACCAAGAUUCUGCUCGACCGCAAGGGCCUGCCUGUGCUCAUGAAAGGUGACGAGAAAGCCAAGUCACACGUUACCAAGGAGGCGGUCGAGGCUCAUGAAGAGGAGGAUGGCGAGACCGACUCAGAUGACGAAGCAAGCAUCUGCACGUCGACAGCAGCAGACCUUGGUCCUCGUCGACGUGGGGAAACAGCUGAGGAAAAGAAGAUGAGAAAAGAAGUAGCGAAACAGCUGAAGGCGCAAGCUCGAGAGAAGAAGAAGCUCAGGAAUGCUGCAGCUAAGGCGGAGAAGAGCAGCAGCGUUGCCAAGCCCUCAACUGCAGACCCUCGAGUUCGACAAGGUCUGAGCAUCACGCGGUACUCGUAG